AUGACGUUUUUCCACUUCAUAAACUGCGUCACGCUAGCAUAUGCACCGUACUUCAUCGCCUACAAGUAUUCAGGACUAAAUGAGUACAGCUCAUUUUGGCGUUGUGCUCAAGCUGGUGGUGGAUAUUUUUUAACACAGUUGAUUAAGCUUUUAUUGCUUGCUACAUUUUUCCCGGCCACAGACGCUGAAGGUUUUGCCAUACUCCCGGAGCUUCUUAAAAGCAGCGCUGAUGUUGUUGAUGUAAUUGGUAUGCAUAUCGUGAUGACCCAUCUGCUAAAUGGAAAAGGAGAGGUGCGAUUUCUCGCAGGUGGGCUUGGAUGGGGAGCCGCACAGUCAGUGGCAAGCAGUUUCAUUCUCUUCUGGGUUGGAGCCAGGGCAUCUGCAUUUUCCUGGCGAUGGAUUCAGAUGGCCUUGGAUUCUUCCUCUGAUCUGAUAUUGUUUGUGGCAAUGGCGGCUUUGACAUGGAUGGCCACUAGAGCUGCGAGCAGACAUUUAGUUUUUCUGCUCUUGACUGCAUGUGUAUUUCACUCAUUUGUUUACCAAUUGCUUUUUGCGUUAUUUGGAGUGCGUGGAUGGCUAAUGGUUCUGACUCGAUUCAUCUACUCAGCAGUUAUCGCAUCAGGGACAUUUCUUGCCUAUUCAAUGGCGGGAAAUGUUUCACAAAAGAGGGACUAA